CAAUCCAAUCAUGAGCUUUAACGUCAUCAGUGUGACGUCACUAUGGUGACGUUCAAGCUUGUGAUUCAAUGAAACUAUCAACAGCAGUUUUACGUCUAGUGCCAAGUUAUAAAAAUCUAAGUAUUUCAAUGUAUAUUGAAUAUUUUAUAGUGAUUAUAGUUUAGUAAUGGUCUGAGCUGUUCGUUUCGUUGUAUUUAACUUUGUUGAUUGAAAUAAUUACUUCCUACAAAUGUUUUAAGCAAAUACAUGUCUGUAUUAAGGAAUGCUUUUUAAAUUUGCUUUCACCUCCUUGGGUGCUUUAAAUGCGCUUAUACACCUGUAUUACCACAGGAAUGUGAAUUUUAUGUAGCAUUUUCUGAACCGUAGAAUUUAACGUGAAGCUAGUGCGUUGACGACCUUGCUCAGUAGUAGUCAAAAAAAAAAAAAAAAUUAUUCGAUGGGGUUUGUGAAAAGCUUAGUGUGAAAGUUCAUACUGAAACUUUUAGCUACCUUUCGUCUGUGUAAGCAACGAUGCCAGGGGUUUUGUUUACUUUACCAGAACUAUAUCAAUCUUAUAAAGUAUGGGUAAGCGACAAUCCACAACUAGCUAGCGAUGUCGAAUCGACUGUGAAAUGGAUUUCGUACUUCAUAGCCGGUCGAGUUAAUAAUUCGAAUGUUCUUUCCGAGCUUGUAUUUUCUCUCUCUAAUUUAUUGGUGUUAUUCAACGAUCGCAUUAUACAUCAUGCGAAGAAUAUAAAAACAUCUACUGGAGAUACAUUAAAAGUUUGGUUGACUGUCCUUGAAUAUUCAGAAGUAUUCAUUGAAGUGUCAGCCCGGAAACUUUGGGGAGAGAAGGGAAAGUGGAUUGUAAUUAUUGCUCUUCAAAUUGCCAAAUGUAUUUCUCGACUUAUUUUGUUGGUUCUUCACAAAGAAAAUAUAAUUCAAAAUCCUCCAGUUCCUCCUUUAAAACGUAAUAAGUUGGCAGAAAAAGAGAAGACUAGUGUAGAUCCAGGGUACAGUUUGAAUUCUGUGACGUUUACUUUAAAACGAUCUGGAAGGUUGAUUCGACGAAUUAGUGCAGCACCUCCUGCUCAGUGUCGCAGCUGGAAACCUCCUAUCCAUAAUGUGGAUAAUCAUGAGAAUCAGGAAGAUGAAGAUGAAAAUGGAGUACCAGCUGUACGAAAGCAUUUGUAUGCUGAGGUUCUUUACGUUAUAAAGCCAUUGAUGCACCUUGGUGCAAUGGGUCGCUGGGGGAUCCAAGCAUGGAAACCUUGGCUUGUUGCUUUGGGAGUUGAUUUACUUAGUUUGCAUCUUUAUAAAUAUAGGCUGUCAUCUACAAGGUUAAGCAAUCAAAAAAAGCUUGAAUUAUCUCGUAGAUCUGUGGCUUUGCUACUGUAUAUUUUAAGAUCUCCAUUUUAUGAGAAAUAUAGUAAAGAUCGUAUUCAGGCAUUCCUAGAGGCUUCUAGUCAAACGAUUCCUUUGGUUAGACUUGUAUGUAAUCCUUUAGCUCAAUACAUUCCUGUUUGGCAGGACACAUAUUUUUACACAUGGUCAACAUGAAGCUGCUCCUGUAAACACUGGUUUACAAAUGUUGUAUUUUUGUAUAAACAUUUAUAAGAAGUGUUAUAGAUAUUUGUAAAUUUUAUGCUACUUAGGGUAUUGUCUGUUGGUUAAGGUUUUAUUGUGGUAAAUGCAAGGUAUAACUGUGAUAUUUUUGUACAAAGCUAUAUGGGAUGAAAAAAGCAAUAAAUAUAGUGGAAAAUUGUGGUUGUGUGUGUCUUAUUUUUUAAAACAAAACACAAAAUUGUGGAAUUGUCUUCGUAUGGUAAGGGGUAAAUAUAUAAAUAUUUGUAUUGGAAGAUUAAAGUAUUAAGGCCAAUUAGUUAUACACACAAUAUGAAAUAAAACAUCCUACUUUUUAAUCUAUAUGUAAACAUGAGUAAAUGUAAGAUAGUAAUGAAAAAUUGAAUUGUAAUAAAAUGAUGAUCUAUUGAAAAUGUGUUAUCAAAAUUUGCUAUUUGUUUCCCAUUAACUUACCUAGAAUUAUUAAAUGUGUGUUGUAUGUAUAAUACUAUUCAUAGACACAUUUUAAAUAUCCAGCUAGAACUUGCUCCAAAACCUACUAAAUUCAGAAUAACGGCCUCUGUCACAGAACACCUUUUUAUUUUACUUCCAACAUCCAACUGUCUUUCUGGUGUAUUCGAACAACACUAGCACCUAAACCAUAUAUAGGAAUUUUUCAAAUUUAAGAAACCUCUGUCGAUCUGUCCUGAGUUGAAGAUCUGCGAUUUUGAAACCAGGCUUUACUUUUGGGGGUACGUUACAUGAAAUUCAAGGCAUUUUCAAAAUUUUCUCAGACACUACUACAAAUUUCUUUACAUUUUUUUGUAAGAAUUGAGUGAAAAUACACUUAUAAUGGUGGCAUAAGUCCAAUUUUCAUGGUUAAUUCUGAGUUUUCAAAAAAUUUGAACUUUUUGAAUCUAUAGUGCU